GGCGGAUCCGGCGGCGCUGAGAGAGGGUCCGGCCCCGGUCCGGCCGCAGCCCGGCACGGUUCGGCCCGCCAGAGCCGCCCGCCCGAGGGCUGCCCGCCGGAAGGAGGCGCGGAGCCGAGGGACCCCGGGGCAGCGCGUUUCAAAGAUGCAUUUAUACCUGUACUGUUCUGCAGUCACUACAGAGGCACAGCUGGUUUUAGUGAAGAUCUGUCUGUGGUCAGAGAAGUUUGUUCACAUCUUGUCACAGCAGAAAAACAGGGAUCUGCCCACAGUAUCUGAAAUGCUUUCCUGCAGAUAUACCUCAUCCCAGUGGUUCCAUUAUUUAUUGGAAUAGGGACCAAUCACAGUCAAGUACUUUGUCCAAAAGGGAGCAUGUUUCCCCAUACAAAUGGUGCCACCCAUUUUAAGUCUGAAAUUCUUGAUUUGACAAGAGGUGAGUUUAGCAAGAGGCAGUGUUUGCAUUGGUGACAGUGCAAGAGUGGAAAAGGAGGUCAGGGAAUGACAGAGCACAUUCAAGAUGUAAAAGAAAAUGUUCACAUUUUUAUGUAAGUGAUCUUUUUUCUUUUUCUAAAAGGACAUAAAAAAUUGUUUUGGUUUUGAGCUUUUCGGUUGUGUCUAUUUUUAAUGUGUGUAAAAAUCAUGGGAUUUUUUACUUCCAGGGAAAGAAUUGUUAUCCAUAAACACCUGGCAUUUUUCUUCUUUCACAGUAGCCUUCUGACCUUUUUAAAAGAUCAAAGCAGAAAAACCUUAUUAGAGGAAUGUGAAAAGAUUACCAAAUACGUGAGAAUCCCAAAAGAAGAAGGUGUUGUACGAGACAAUAGAUUCCUAGCAUCAGUGAGGAAUGCUUUUUCAGUGAUGAAUGCUCCUCCAUGAACUCAGUACAGAAACUUUUGUAGAAAAGCCUUGAAUAGAGCAUGAAUGCUGUGGUACUUUUUCUGAGCAUCUGUUUGCCUCGUAAUAGGGCAGUAAUUGUGUUGACAGGUCAAGUAGUUUCUCCUCAGGAAAUAUUUCAAUAGCUAGAGUGCCUGGAGUAGUCUGAUGAUAUCAGAAUGUCAGAUGCAAUUUAGAGUAAAUGAGGGCAUUUCUGGAAUGUUUCAAUGGAGAAAAAAAAAUCUAUCUAUCUGUCUUCAGUAUUAAGAUGACUCCAGAAUAUUUUUGAAGCUAAUGAGGAUUUCAGGUGUGUUUGUGUGAUAUUCCUUUUCAGUUCAUUUUAUGAAUGACUCCUUGAUACCAGAGGGAAGAUAAAUGGUGUUAACCCUAAACCUAGUAGAUUAAAUACCAGUGCCACCUGUUUAGUAGCCAAGUAUUUCUUCAGAUAUGGCCAAAAUGCUGAAGAUUUACAUGAAUGAGGGCAAAAGCUGUUUCUUCUUAACCUCAGAAAGAGGCUAGCUAGGCCACUAAGUUUCAUAAUAAUGAUAAAAAAAAUGAACCUGUUGGGGAUUGGACAAGCCCAAAGCUCACUGAUCGUAUUGUAAGAUUCAGGUUUUGAAUCCUCCAUCAGAAAAGUCUGGGCCAAAGCUACCAUAUUCCCUACUUUUCCCAGAGAGAUUUUAAUUAAGCUAUGUUUCUGGUGAAGAAUACAUCUCAGUGUUUAAAAACCUUAGCAGAAACACCACUGUCACCCCGAAAGCAUCACAAUAAAGCAAAAAUAUCUGAAAGAAAGAAAAUGCUUCUGAAACCUAACUGUUAAAUUAAAAUAUGGAACUUGACACCUGAGACAAGUAUUUUUACUAAAUAGAAGUGCUAAGGGAAGAGCCCAAUGUUGAAGAAAUAAUAAAAAAUUGACAAUAUGAGCUUCUUUGCAUUAUUGUCAAUAUGAAUUGACUGUAUAAACCUGUAACAAUAUGAAACUUGCUAAAAAUUAACACAUGCCUCUUGUAUCUGUCAGCACUGGCCAGAAGCCCAUGUGGGAUAGCAGGAAAGUCUUUGCAGAUGGAGGCAUUUUUAAAGUCUGAAGAAUAAGGCAAAAAACAGAGCAGCAUAGCUUAGAUUGUCAGUAAAACAUUGCAGAAUUCAGAGAUGAGUGUUUGAUUGUGUGAAGAAAACUUUUCUUGGGGAAGCUGGAGAAAAUACAUGGAGAAGGAUGCCCAAGCAUGAGUGAUGGAAAUGUUGCUGUCGGCUGUAAGCUGAUUAGAGACACGGUAGGUGCAAACUGAGACACAGUGCCCUAAGCAUCAGUACUCAGCAAGGGCACUUCCCUGAGGAAGGUCAGCAACUCAAAGAAAUAUAAGUGUCACUUUUCCCUCUUAGACAGUACUACAGGACGUCCCCUUCAGUGUGAUGAGUGGGACAUUGUUUGAAGAUGUCUACAAAAGUUGCAAAAUCACCAGUAUUACCAGGUGAAUUACACAGGAUUUUAAAUGUUUUUAAUUGAUCAGUAAGUUCACUCUAGUGUCCUGAUCAAACUCUAGUUUGUUUGAAUUACUUGAUAAAGUUAUAUUGUGCUGCAUUUCCUGCCCUGAUGACUUCCUUUUAGACCCUUGCUGUGUUCUUCCUUUGUUUCUGUAUAAUUUGCUCAUAAAAACUCCUCUCCUAAAGUGUGGAUAGAAAUUAAAUCUUCAUGUUUGUACAAAAAAGUAAAGGAGGCAUUUAGAGGUAAUCUGAUGAUCAAAUUAAGACCACCGUUCAGCUGCCAUUGGAAGAUGAUUUUAAAGGUGCAAAAAUGAGAAAUCCAUCUACUUUGUUAAACUUCUUCAAAUAUAGUUUGUUUAAAAGUGCUGUAGUAGCAAUGAAUUUAUAAUACUUCAAUGCUAAUUAUUUCAAAGCAUACAUCAAUAUGGAGUAUUCCUUUAAGGUUCUCCUUGAACCCUGAAACUACUAAAAUAUUUGAUAUAGUAUAUCAAGUCACCAUCAAAAGUGUAUUUAUAAUUCUAUGCAUACUGAAUUUCUCUCAGCUUUCAGGUGUGUUACAUAAAUUAAAAAUGUGGGGAAGAAUCUUAAAAAUACUUGUACUGCUUUUCUCAGAGGCACACAUCUUGAUUCCAAGUAUCCUAAUUAAAUAACUGCUUCAUAAAAAUACACUUUCAUAUUAUUCUUUUAUUAUUAAUAGUUUUCCUGUGUAUAAUUAGAGAACUGUUGAAGCUCCGUGUGUGCUUGAAAUAUCUCCCUGUUCUAGAAUGAAUUGUUUCAGUAAGCAUAUUUUCAUCAUUCAGCACUGUCUAGUGUGCCUUGUAGACAUGUAAGACUUUAAACUUUACUUCUUUAUUUUCAUCCUCUGAUCACAGAAUACUAUCUUGAAAAACAAGAAAAGGUGAAAAAAUAACUACUCAAAUAAGGAACAUUUUUUGUAACACUAUUUCACUGCUACAUGGCAUCUUCUGUCACAUUUCGGUCAUCUUACCCAUGAAGGAGUAAACUUAUAAAUAAGACAUCCCUAAGUCUCCCACCACACUACUGUUUGGUCUUUUUAGAAAGAUUCAUAUUCCUAUUUGUAUUUUUUUAAUGUUAGAAUGGAGAUCAGUACCUUGGCAAUAUUAUACUCUUUGCUAGGCAAACUUUUCAAUAUAGCAAUUAUUCUCCUUUUAUUCUUGGCUAUAUAUGAGAUGAAAUAGGAUUAAGCUAAGUGUAGCAGUGUAGUUAGCACAGAUUCUAACACCUUCCAGGUGACUUCUCCUUAGUUUUGCUCAUCUGUUCUGAGAGAAUGUUUUGCUUCCUAGUAUGCAUGAAAUGUGUGAGGUACUAAACUCUUGUCAGUUAUGUCAGGACUACCCUGCAGAGUUGAUGAGGAAGCUGCCUGAAGGGAAGUGGUACCUAAUUUUCUUCUGUGUUUGUGUAAUAUUUUUUCUUUCACAUAGAAUAAGCCUUUUCUUUCGCAUAGAUAUUUGCAUGCAUUUGUAGCUUCCUUAAAGGUCAUAUUUAACGAUUAAGGGGAGAGUUGCACUUAAGACCCUCCAUGGCUGUUGUGCUCAAGCGCCUCUCUUGGGUAGCCAGCUGCACCUCCUCCAGCACUCAUAAGGGUAGAGCCUGACAUUCAACCUUAGGUGGCCAAAUCUCCAUUUUACAGCUUCAGGUUUGUAACCACGCUGGCUUGAAAAAUGCUGUACUGUUUGUGCACCUGGAAAAACUUAGAGGGGGAGGAAGCAUUUUCUUCUAUUCCAUUACUGAUCCUAGAAGGGUAUUAUGCUCCCAAAAAGAAGGCAAGAUUUUGAAAUUCCAAACAAAGAGAACGGCCAUCCAAAAUUCAGACAUUCUUCCAAAAUUAAGUAGUUUUUAAUCAUUAUCUAAAGUGUUUUUGUGAUUAUUUGCCUUUGUGUUUUUGUGAUUAUUUUCCUUUGUGCAUGCCCAGGAGAUGCUGCAUUAGUCGAAACAUUUCCUUCCAUUGCUAAACAUUAAAUAUUCUCCACAUAUUAGAGAGUGGGGUAGAGAAACCUGGCCUGAAAUCUACCAACAGUAACCUAUUUUGUGAAAGUAAAUCAGACCAUUGUUUUCUGAAACAGAUAUAAAUAAAUAGUUUUUGAAAUAUUAGAGAUCAUAAGAAUCCUGCUGCUGUUCUUUUCAAAACUGAGAAAUAUUCUUCAUGUUUUAGAAACUUGUUAUAUAGCAGGCCUUUUCAUUCUGAAGAUUUAAGAGACAGUCCCUCACCAGUGCCAUCACUGACAUUUCAUCUAAAUUACAACCAGUGGAUUUUCCCCCAGCCCCCCUCCACCAUUUAAGAACUUUUUUCUGGGCAAAUCAUCCUGAAGAUUGUGUAGAAAAUACUGAGAUUAAUAUGAGACAAAGCAAUACUCUGGAGAGUAGCCUGAUCUGAAACGCAUCCUAGUCAAAGUGAAUUUAAAUUUCAUUAGCCAUAAAGGUUUUUGUAGCCAGGGGUGAUGUUUUUAUCCCUCCUAACCCUGUCCUCCACCUCCCUUUUAUUUUAUUAGCUGUUAUUUUCAUUCUAAAGUUCUUUAUAUUUUUUAAGUCUGACACUAGAAGUAUGGCAGAAAUUAACUUCAAUGAAAUACAUUCAUUAAAAUAAAUUUCUACAGAUGAAGAGUAUGGUGAUAUUUUUCUGUUUGAUGUUUGUUCAGUAUGUAUUACUGAGGUGUUUUGAGCAGGCACUGCAGUGCAGUAGCAUUCCUGGCAUGAGACACAUUAUGGGAUUGUUUCUUUCUUUUCUCCAAGUUGUACAUUGCUGGUGAAGAGCCAGUGUCAAUCAGUCAUGCAUCCAAAUUCUUUCCUUACUAAAAACCUAGUAGUAAAUCUGUUUUCUUCCAUCUUUCCUGAAAGUGGUGUUGAAGACUUGGAACCUGUCUUCCAGGACCAUUUUGCUAGAAGUUGGAUGAUGUAUAUUCGUCUCCUAACCACCAGUAUGUGUGGUGCACAGUGGAGUAAAAAAGAAAAAAAAAAAAAAAAAAAAAGUGUGUGUGUGAAAGAAACAAGUAAGCAGGAGUCAAGGAAACAUGAACUACCACAUUCAGGACAUCCAUAUUUGUAAUGACUUUCAGAACAAUAGAAUCAAAGGUCCUUAAGGUUAUCAAGUCUGACUGUAAACCUAUCACUACCCAAUCCACUCCAAAACCAUGUCCCUAACUACCAUUCUGUAGGUCUUUAAAUCCCUUCAGGGAUGGUGAUUUAAAUACUUUUCCAAUACUUGAUAACUUCCUCAGUGAAGAAAUAUUUGCUGGUAUCCAAUUUAAACCUCCUCAGUACUACAUCAUCUCAUGCAUAGGAAGAGACUAACUCCAGCCCUGCUUGGGGUGUCUGCCCCAUGCCACUGUCCCUUGCAGCAGAGUUGUUCUCCCCUGUGCCUUCCGAGGUGCCCGAUGCCAUGUACUGCCAAGACAGACGUACAAAGUGAUGGGGCUUGCUGUGUGCUAGGAGUAGAAAAGUCAGCGGGCAUCAGACAGCUGUGGGAGAGGGGAGAUGAUGAAAGAGCCUCCUGCUGGCUCUCCUUGAAGGCUUGAAAGCAGCAGCUGAGCCCUGGAACAGGGCGGUGAGAUGUGGGGCUCAGCUGGUCUGUGUCCCUAUCUCUGCACUUUGCUGGAGGGCAGGGAAAGAUGGCAGGGGUGGGGAGUAGGAGGAGUUGGAGGAAAGCCCUGAUCGCUUCCACAUCUCCCAAGUGCUGAGGCUGAGAUGCAUGUUGCAUGUGACAGGCUCUGGCAAGAUGUCAGGAGGGCUUGGGAGAAGAGCUUGUAUAUUCACAACCCUAUGCCCCCAUACCCUCCCCCAGUCACCACCAGCUUAGCACAGUCUACCUGGGGGAGGUGGUUAGGGAAGAAAGAGGAGUUUUCUGAGAGAGUUCCCUUCUACCAAUGCGCUGGCACUCUUGCACCCACUGUCCCAGGACAGGCUCCUGUGAAACCCACAAGACUGCGCAGCUGGGCAGGAGAAGCGCUGUCAGGGGCUGCCCUUGUGCAGCACCCAGUCUUGCUGCUGUCCCCUAUGCCAAAGCUGGCAGAGCAAGCCAAGAGUUCUGAUGGAGCCUGCAUGCCUUUUGUGUCCACCUACAGGGGCCCUGGACAAACUGUGGGCAGACAGAUCCUGCUGGAAGACAUCCUGGUCACAGACCUUCUUUCCAUGGUGACAUCACAAGGGUGUGAGACACUGCAUAGCCAGGAAGACAGAUGCUCCAAAAAGGGCAAAGUUGGACAUCAGGUGAAUUUUUUCACAGAAAGGGCUGUUUAACAUUGGAAUGCUCUGCUGAGGGGGAUGAUGGAGUCACCAUCCCUGGAGGUGUUCAAGAAACAAGUGGAGACAGAGCACUCAGUGCCAUGGUCUUGCUGACAAGAUACAGUAUUCUAGGCUUGCUGCUUAGAAAAGAAAAAACCAUGGCUUCCAACACAUCAAACCCUGCUAACCAUUUGCCAUACUUCUUUGGUAAUAUCACACGUGAGGAUGCCGAGGAGUAUCUGAUGCAGGGAGGAGCAAGUGAUGGACUAUACUUGCUCCGCCAAAGCCGGAAUUACCUGGGGGGCUUUGCCCUAUCCUUGGCCCAUGGAAGGAAGGUUCACCACUAUACAAUUGAGAGGGAGCUGAGUGGCUCCUAUGCUAUUGCAGGAGGCAAGUCACAUGCCAGUCCUGCUGAACUCAUUAACUACCACUCAGGAGAAGCAGAUGGCCUCAUCUGUCUACUGAGAAAACCUUUCAACCGGCCACCAGGUGUUGAACCCAAAACAGGACCCUUCGAAGAUUUGAAAGAGAACCUCAUCAGAGAGUAUGUCAAGCAGACUUGGAAUUUGCAGGGGCAUGCUCUUGAACAAGCUAUCAUUAGUCAGAAGCCUCAGCUGGAGAAGCUGAUUGCCACUACAGCCCAUGAGAAGAUGCCAUGGUUCCACGGGAGGAUCUCUCGGGAGGAGUCAGAACACCGUAUCCUCAUCGGAUCAAGAAACAAUGGAAAAUUUCUUAUCCGAGAAAGAGACAGCAAUGGUUCCUAUGCCCUGUGCCUACUGAAUGAUGGAAAAGUACUGCACUAUCGUAUUGACAGAGAUAAGACAGGAAAACUCUCCAUACCAGAUGGAAAAAGAUUUGACACCCUGUGGCAGUUAGUUGAGCAUUAUUCAUACAAACCAGAUGGAUUAUUAAGGGUUCUUACCAUUCCUUGUCCACAACAUGGCUCAGAAAAUGAUAAUCUUGGUUUUAAUACUCAUCCUUCUUCUGGAACACUUCCUAAGAGUUGGGCAGGAGGUGGAAUUAUCUCAAGACUCAAAUCGUACACCUUCCCAAAGGCUGGCAGCAAAAAGCUUCAGUCAACUAUUGGCCACCCAGCAGAAGAAGCACCUUUUAAUCCGUAUGUGCUGCAAAGGAACAGAGGUCUUACAGGAGCAGAAAGAGGUGAUCAGAGAGAGGCCUUACCCAUGGAUACUGAGGUCUAUGAAAGUCCAUAUGCUGAUCCAGAUGAAAUUAAACCAAAAAAUGUCACUCUUGACAGGAAAUUGUUGACUUUGGAGGAAGGUGAACUUGGCUCUGGCAACUUUGGUACUGUAAAGAAAGGUUUCUAUAAGAUGAAAAAGGGUGCCAAGCCUGUGGCUGUAAAAAUUCUGAAGAAUGAGAGUAAUGAUCCAGCCGUAAAGGAUGAGUUACUGAGAGAAGCAAAUGUAAUGCAGCAACUGGAUAACCCAUAUAUUGUCCGAAUGAUAGGUAUAUGUGAAGCUGAGGCCUGGAUGUUAGUAAUGGAAAUGGCUGAACUUGGGCCAUUGAACAAAUUUUUGCAAAAAAAUAGACAUGUCACAGAGAAGAAUAUAACAGAGCUGGUGCAUCAGGUUUCCAUGGGGAUGAAAUACCUGGAGGAGAAUAAUUUUGUUCAUAGGGAUCUGGCUGCAAGAAAUGUGCUGUUAGUCACCCAACAUUAUGCCAAAAUUAGUGACUUUGGACUUUCUAAAGCUCUUAGUGCUGAUGAAAAUUAUUACAAGGCACAAAGUCAUGGAAAAUGGCCAGUCAAAUGGUAUGCUCCAGAAUGCAUGAAUUUCUACAAGUUUUCUAGCAAAAGUGAUGUCUGGAGCUUUGGGGUUUUAAUGUGGGAAGCUUUCUCUUAUGGACAAAAGCCAUACAAGGGAAUGAAAGGUGGUGAAGUUGCACAGAUGAUUGAAAGAGGAGAACGAAUGGAACGUCCUGAAGUCUGCCCAACAGAAGUCUAUAGUCUAAUGAAAUUGUGUUGGACAUACAAUGUUGACGACCGACCAGGAUUUGUUGCAGUCGAAAUGAGAUUACGUAACUACUAUUAUGACAUUUCCCACUAACACCGUGGAGAGCAGCAGCUUCCUUGUCUCCAGCCAGCGCCCUCUGAGAAGCAGCACAUUUUCCAAAACCAAGCAACCUCAAUUUUUGUAUUUCCAUUUUCAACCUGCAAAGCUCAGAGCUGAGCCUUGCAUCUGUAAGGUUGCCCAGCCUUUUCUUACCUUCUGCACAAAAUCCAGCCCCAGAAGAGUUUUGGAAGUGUAACAGUCUCAAAGUGCGCAGCAAGAAUAAGAUACUUGUACUUUGCUACUUGUACUUUGAUACUUGUACUUUGCUACAUUCCAUUUCCUUUUAUUUACAGCUUUAUUUGCAUUAUAUUUUUCAGUCUUGUAAAAUCUAUUUAGUGACUUUGAGCCCUCUUCCUCUCCUAUAUUGGAAUGCAGAUUGGAAUUCAAAUUCUUGUCAUCAACAUUAUUAGCCUUUAAAUGUAUUUAGUUGUUCCAGCCUUCCCUUCCCUCAAGGAAGAAUAGCAUAAACAUUUCUCACUAGGAAGCAAAUUCACCGUGCAAGUGUGUCACAUGAUUUGACUGACAGUGUGUUUGAUUUUAUCACCAAGCCCCUUUAAACCAAAUCACAUUAUUCCUAGUAGUAAAGUAAGCAGAGGGGAAUUGGGAGUUCUGACUUUCUAACACCAUCACAUCCUUUAAAUGUGACCAUUUUCUUUUGUUCUUCAUCUCUUCAUUUGUUCCUCAGCCCAGCUGUCCUCAGGGAGUUAUUUUUCCUUGUGAAAACUGGGAACUCAGAGGCUUGAUCUCAUCUUGAAAGAAAACAUACCAGCACCUAUGAUUCUGUAUUUUUGACAUAAACUCCAACGCUGCAUUCCUGAAAAUACACCUGUGAUGGAGCAGCGCUUACCUUUCUCUGUGCUCUUCCAUCCUUCUCCAGACAUAUUUUUUCUAUGUAUCUAUUUGGGUAUACCAUGGCUCCUUGUGUUGGGUUUUGAGCAGCAGUCAUUUCUAUCUUUUCUUCAAACCUUUCUUUAAAAAGCUUUUGAGAAUUUCACGACACCUUACCCCCUCUAAAGUUAAAUUUCAUGUCUAGUUCAAAUAUUUUAUAAUGGGCAGAUGGACAACAAGAUUACCAGCUCCAAAAUCUUAGUAUUUGUCCUGUGGGACAAAUCUCAGUGGGCAUCUCAGGAAAAGGCAUUUGAGUUAUCACUCUUCUGUAAUGCAGUGUACGUCUCCAUUAAAUUGGAAGUAUAGUAGAGUAAUAACAAAUCAAGGAAUCAAUUUCUGAUUCUGUUUUUACCCUUAUGCUUUGCUUGCUCAACCUCAUUUUAAAUAUUAUCAAUAGAGGCAUUUCUAUCACUUAUUACUUACAAGCAGCUAUUUUAUUGUCAUUUGCAUAUAUCUCAGGAAUCUACUUACAUUUUUUCUGCUAGAUAUAGAGAUUUUAGAAGAAUAUAGAGAAUAAGAUUUAGAUUUAGAUAUAUUUAUUGCAUAUAAAUGGCUGGUUAGUAUAUAUGUGUUUAAUUUUUGUGUGAGCAGAGUAUUCUUAGAGAGGCAGUGGUAUUUUUUUUGUCUAGUAAUUAAAUUGUGUGAGCAAUUAAACUGAGAAAGAGUGAAAUAAUUUUCAUAAAAGACAGAACUAUAAACAAAUAUAGAAGCUACUGGUAUUUUUUUUUUCUUUUUACUAAGUUUAUGGUCUAUUUGUUAAAUAAUAUCUGGUGCCUUGGCUGUCCAGUGCAAGGCACCACAAGCUACUGGAAAAUACUGAGUGUAAUAGACUAUGUUUCAAAUGUGACCAAAUGUGACUUGCCUUGAAGAUGAUUUAAUUUUGUUUUGUUUUUAAGAAACAUUUUUCUACAAGACCAGUUUUUGUAGAAGUUAGCCAUAGUUAUACAGAGGUGUUUUGUCACUUUAGUUAUGUUGCAGAGAAUUUGUUAUCUCUACAUGUGCAAUUAGUACAGUUAUGGGGAUAUUAGCUAUAAACAAAUUGCACAAAUCUCUAUGAACCAGCGAGUGACAGUACUCAGUUUUCCAGAAUGAGAGAAAUAUUCAUCUCUAGCUCUCACUCUCUUUAAAAGUGAUGUCUGAUAUAACAAACCUGGAGGAUUAUUUCUUCUCUUCUGAGUGAAUGUCAGCAUUGCUUUCUGGAGUUACUUGAUUAUUUUUAACUUCUCUAUUACAAAAUAAAAGUUUACAAUGAGAAUAUAAAGUAUCUUGAAAUAAAUUUAUUUGGUUUUAACAUUUUAAUUAAAGAUACUUUUAUAAAAUAUGCUGUCUUAACAAGAAUCCUUUCAUAAUUACAUGCUUUGUAAAAAAUCCUGAUGCUGUGCAGUGUGUAUAAGUACUGAGUUACUGUGAUUGUUGAGGAAGACUGAGAUUUACCUACAGAGAGUGAAAGGCACUCACCGGGACAGAUAAGGCCACUGAAGCCUGGGCUGCUUUUGGAUCAAUACAGAAAUAGCAGGAAAUUCCCAAAAUGUGCACGUUGUUAUUGCACCUAAGUCUUUUCAAAGUGAUUUACAACAAUACUGUGCUGAAUCUGGAAAGUUAGAGAUGCCAGGAGUCAGUGCACUAUAUCAGCUAGCCAAGAAUUUCUGCCUUACAGAUGUCAGCUAUGCAAGAUGUAAGUCACAUUAUAUGACAUGGGGCCUCCCUCAGAUGCAGACAGCUGUUCUAGGCAUUCUAGAAAAAUAACAGCAACAUCUUAGUCUUUCAUUUAGCUUUUUUGCAUUCUCAGGUUCUCAGGAAAGCUAAAGCUGGAUGACUGUGAAUGUGAAUUUGAAUAAUAAACAGGAAGGGCGGAAAGGUAGACAACUCUUCAAGCAGCUACUUACCUUUGGGGAGGUUCAGUCAGUGACUGACUGACUCUGUUCUCCUGUGAUAUUUUCCUAGAGCAAAUCUGGCUUAAUUGCUUCACCUUCCUACUUGUAUGGCUGCAUCAUCAACCGACAUGAAGGGACUUUUUCUCUUUUGGCUGUCUGGAUCUGGUUGUCUAUUUUUAGGUUGACUUGUCUCAGAAGUGCCACUUGGUGGUAUAGGCCUACAGAUGAUUGUCAUGACAGAGUUAAGGGGUAGAAAACAGCAGGAUGUAGUUAGGAAGGCUGGUGGAAAAGAAGGACUAGGUGAUAACAUGCUAGGAGGGCUUUUCGCUGGAGGAAAACUGUGUAUUUACACCUUUGAUUAGGGCUCAAAUUUACAAAACCAUGGAGUAUGAUUUUGAAGUAUGGGAAACAUGGGCUUUUCCAUAAAGACACACACAGACACCCUAAAAGCCCUGCUUCAGCCUGUCCUUGCUUCUAACACUGUGCAAAAAGGGGGCUUUUAAUCAGACAGUGAGAAAUACCCAUAAUUUUCACCCCUUAAAUCAGCACAGUCAGCCCUGCCAGUUUGCCAGAUAACCCAUCUGCAAGCGGCCUGGCCUGCACAGCCAGGUCGUGCACCAAGGCAGCAGGAUGUCGUCACCCCAGCCCUGCCAGGAGGUGGCAAUGCCUGAGCACAGUUGGAGUGAAGCACUUGUCUGGCCAUUUCUGGCACUCUGUACUCUGCCCCGGCUGUUGUUGUGCCUGCGUGUCACAGAGGACACACUCUCUUUGCUCCUUGCUGUGAAGCAAUGUUGCAUGUGAGGACGAAUCAUCAUUUAUUUAUAUGGUGAGUAGUCAGCUGUGGAUCAUUAACCAAGAUUUCUGAGACUCAGUGUCCCCUUGUCUUUUAAGUGAUCACAGCAAUGAGGGAUUGCACGUGGAAAGAUACAGACUACGCCCCACACGUGCCUGGAAGGGAAUGAGGGUGACAUGUGGAUUGAAUAAUAUAGGGAAACAUUAAGCAAGCAGUUGUAAUUACCAGCCCAAGUUUAGUGAGAACAGACUCAAGAAGACUUGAAGACUGCAAGGCAUGCAGAAGAAGAAGGAAAAAACUUAUAUAUUCCUGUUAAAAAAGCAGUCAGAGAGAUGUAAGAGAACAGUCCUGUUCCAGUCCUGAGAACAGUCCUCCAAUCACUCACUGAAGCCAAGCUAGAGCUGUGCACCUGUGUCCAAAUAGGUAUUUUGUUCUUUUCUGUCACAUAUGUGAUAAUUGAGACAAAGACCCACUGGGUUCCUUGACAUAUAAUUAACUCUGCAUGGAGUAUAAUGACUGCUUCCCUGAGGCAGUGGAGGUGUGCACAUUUCCUGAUAAUCAGAGAAGAGAGGAAACAAGAGGCAGCUGGUGAAAGCAUUACACUACUGUCCAUUCAAAUUCAUUACUUCAAAUGUAAAUAGUCCCUGGAUAACCAGUCCAGUGUAAAUGUGCAGAGAUCAUUAACUCCCCUUGUCUAUCCAUUGCUGCAAAUGCCUUAAAAUGUCAGUCAAGAAACCAUUAUCUGUAUCAAAGGGCUUAUGGGGGAAUGCCACUGCCCUGCGCCUGCAGCUACACUGCCCAUGUAGCACUCCAUGUGUCAGAGGUUCAGUCAGCUGAGUGCCAGGCUCCCUGUGCCUCUGCCAUGUUAGAAAUGCAACACAUUUCUGCCACGACAAAAAAGAUAGAAAAAAUUUUGCGAAGAACCAUUCAAUGACACUGUCCUGUUCCAUUGCCACCUCCAGUGGCUGCAUUAACAUCAACAUCUGUUCUUCCUACUUCCUGCUUUAAUAAAAAGAAAUUGUGCCAGUUUCAGCCACAGCAAGACUAUAAUUGCAUGACUGAGCAGCAGAACAUGUAGCAGAGAACUUUAAUAGUUGUCUCUUGAACAGCUUGAAGACUUUCCUUUAAAAAUAUUACACCCUUAUGCGCAUAUGCAAACAUUUCUUGUCAUUAUUUCAUACUUGAGUUCAAUAAUUACUUGUUCCUCAGUUGUUACUGCACAACACUGUAGCUGCAUCUUCAUGUCUUUUUCUAAUUUAUGUACAGAUUUCACCUGUGUUACCAAAAGAUUUCUCUCUGACUGGUGUAUCAGGUUCCACCUCCAGUAAUCUGGCAAGAAUUAAUAAUGUUAGUUUUCAGUGAUAGUUCUGGAAGAUAAAAAGAAAACUUUUUAUCUUGUUAGAUAACGAGGAGAUGGCUGCAGGGUGCAGAAACACAUCAAGAAAUGCAUGAGUGGUACAAGCUCACUGAGCUUGUCAAAGAGCAGCGCUUUGGGGUGUUUUGCCCGCCCUACUUUGGAGCAUAUGUAGAUUAACUGUUUGGCUAGGUUUGAUGUGUCUUUUCCCAAAAUAUACAUAUUUAGAUUCAAUGUUUUCCUUAAUUUUCCCCAGUAGUGACACAUCUUUAUACCCAUAGUUGGGUAUAAAAACCUAGAUUAUCAAUAUCAUUUUGUUUCAGCACGAUUUCCUCUGUUGCCAGUAAAUGCCCCAAACUGAGCUGUUUCUAUGCAUACAGCUACACACCUUGCGCUCAGGAUCCACCUCAUGUUUUGCACACUUCUACUGCACUAGAGCACAAAAUCUUCUCUUUUUUUUCUUCUGUAAAUGUGUUGUUGACUCUGUCAAGGAUGCACAUAUUGGGUAUUUUAAAAUUGUGUACUCACUGGUUUUACUGCUUCCCCAGGGGCAUGCAGCAGUGAGGUACUAUUUUUAAACUCCUCAGUCAGCCAUGACUUCCUUUUUGUCUGUCCACUCUGUAGCUGCCAUAGGGAAUGAGCAUGGCAUUCCUCAUCUUUUUGUGGUUUCUACUUAUAAGGAAUAAGCAGAACAAGUAGUGGUUCUUGUUGGUGCUGGAGUACUACACAAGUCAGAUUACAGGAAAAAGCAAAGACUGAAUCAUGUCUCAGAAAUUCUCCCUCCAGUGUCACAUUGUACCCGAGUUAAUGCAAACCAGAACUCCUGCUAUACAAGCGCAAGUACAAAGCUCACAGUUUGUUCCCAAAACUCCCACAGCUUUUUCCAUGCCAGCUAUAUAAAAGAAAAAAACAAAAACCUAACCAAACACCAAAACCCAACAACGUUUAAUAAUAUGACACAUUCCUGUGUUUGUUUGCAGAACUGUAUGUGAGCAAUUUUAUGAGUCAUUUAAUUACAAGGGAGCCGCGGCCUGGACGAAGAAAUAUACUCAAGGUUUGCUUGGGUUGAGGACAGUCUCUGUCUUUCUUUCCCCCAAAAUGAAAAGGUCCCAGUGCAUUUGAAAUAUGGCUAGAAGGAAUAAAGCCAUCAGAUGCCACACCAAAACUGGACUCUGAGACAGCUGUGAGACUGGUGAGACCUACACUUUUUGCUUGAAAACUGUCUUAUUUGGUGGUGGUGCACUGCCAGGCCCACAAAUCCAGCAUGUCCCAUUGCUUGGCUCCCAGGCCUCAGCAGAAACCUGCUGAUUACUGCACAUUAACAAACAUUUGUGGAAAAAACACCCAAAUACUGCACCCUCUUCACCUAACAUAAACAUCAUACAGUGAAAAUGUCAUACAAACUGGGACAUGUACUUGAAAGGGAAGGAGCCUUUAAAUU